AACAAUCCUCUGCGGUAAUAUUAAGCAGGUCAUCAAGCCGGUACUUUUCCCAAAUCUCUUUCUUUUUGCACGAGGAAGUCGAAGAGUAAUACGACGUAAGAAGAUGGGGAAACCACAAGUCUUUUUCGACAUUUCCAUCGGUGGGCAACCCGCCGGUAGGAUUGUCAUGGAAUUGGAAGCUGACGUUGUUCCAAAGACGGCAGAAAAUUUCCGUGCUCUUUGCACAGGAGAGAAAGGCUUUGGCUACAAAGGCAGUGGAUUCCACAGAGUUAUUCCCCAGUUCAUGUGCCAGGGUGGAGACUUCACAAACCACAAUGGCACUGGAGGAAAAAGCAUCUAUGGAAACAAGUUCCCUGAUGAGAACUUCCAGCUGAAGCACCUUGGACCAGGAACUCUUUCCAUGGCCAAUGCUGGACCCAACACCAAUGGAAGCCAGUUCUUCAUUUGCACAGAAAAGACAUCUUGGCUUGAUGGCAAACACGUUGUGUUCGGAAGAGUGACCGAUGGCAUGAAUGUCGUCAAAGCGAUGGAAGCAACCGGAUCGCAGAGUGGAAAGCCAUCCAAGCCAAUCAAGAUCGAAAACUGUGGUCAACUUUAAAUUGAACAGUGCAAAUUUAUCAACAUUUAUAUAUUAAUCUAAGACACUAAUGAGGAGCUAAUGAACACUGUAAUCUAAUAGUGCUACGUAAUGUGCUUUCUACAUCUCUCUAGCAGAUCAUUGUUGUAUCAAUCCUGCCAUUUGUUUUGCAACUUUGUAUUUGGACUUUUUGAUUUAUUUUACUCAUUAUGGAAAAAUUCUAUAAAGAAACUAAAGUGUUCUCCAUGAAUAUUGAAAGAUAUUAAAAAAGUCUUUUCUUUUAAAGAAA